AAGUAUAAUAACAACUCACUUUGCAACAAAUACGGAUAAGUGAUUAAUACGUUUUUACAAGGAAACAUCUGAAUUCAUUGAAAACAGGUAAAUAUCGUUUACGUAAACAACAUCUUCUCGGAGAUAUAAAAUUUAAAAUUUAAAUCAUUUUCAUAAAUUAUAAGUUAGAAAGUGAAAUGUUACGUAUGAUAUAACAAGUUGAAAGGUGAAAUUGUUAUGUGGCCUUGUGCUGCGUGUGGUUUGGUUGCAGUCGAGUAGGCGAGCGCCCGUAGAAAGUGUCUAACAGUUUGCGUUCCUGCCGACAAUCUAUUACUCCAUUGAGUGUUUUUCUAGACUAUUGUUAUAGAUACUAUUGUCUAAGUGUGUCACAAUGGCUCUGUUACUCGGCUCCACUGUUUGUUUAUCGGUGUCUGAUAAUUUUGUAGCAACUGAGCACCGUCCUCUAGCUCGAAGGAUGUCGGCCCCUGGUUUAACUUCGGAAGCCCAGCUGCGGUACAUGCUGCAGUGGUUCGGAGAAUUCAGUGAGCUGCAGCGAGAGGACUUCCUUCCUGUUUUGGCCGCUGCCCGGGGAGACAAACCUGAUCAGCUGGCAGCUUCAUUGGCUUCUAUAACUUGUGAUGACAAGCCUGUUAGCCUUUUCCAGUGUCGGAUUAAGUUAUUCAAUGAGUGGUUUCCCACUUGGGCUGAGGAGGAUCAAGAUAGACUGAUAAAGAGUGUCUCAGAUACGGACCCUGAGUUUGGGAAGAAAUUGCAGGAUGUAAUGUUGAACGGACCGCAGGUCAAUGGUGACCAGAACGGAUUCUUUGAAUACCAUACACCAGCUCCGGAGGAAGAGAAAAAGACUGAACAUAGCGAAACCUGGAAUAACGAGGAGAAUGGACAUGCUGAGGUGGAAGAGACUGCUGAACCAGCUGUUCCUGAGAACAUUCCCGUAGAAAUUGCAGCUGCAUCUUAAUUUAUUGAGUAAUAAGGUUUCGUUAUUUAAAAACUUUUUUCAUUUUUAGUAUAUUAUGAAUAGGCACACGUUAAAAUUAAAAAGAAAUUGCCAAGUUUAGACAAUGAAGACUACCUUUUAUCUGCUCAGCAGAUGGCGCCAAUGUAUAGAUAGGCCAGUUUAUGCUGUCAAGAAAUUAAUUUCUAAUACCCUU